CAGUGUUAAUUGCUGAGCACAUUUAAACGGACGCUGAAAACGAAAAAAUCCUGCAAAUUAUAAAAAAUAAUUAAAUAAAUUUUGAAAAAAAUUAAAAUAAAUUACAAAGAUGCAGACAAUAAACUGUCUCCAAUAUCUGUUAGCCUUGAGUAUUUUCUGUUGCUGUAAUGGUUACAACAUCUUGUUUAUGUGUCCUUUUCCAGCACCCAGUCAUUGGUUGUGGCUGGAACAUUUUCAAAGAGAUCUACUAAGAAGAGGGCAUCACAUAACAACCGUAAACAAUCAUCCCACAAAAUCUCCUCAUCCAAAUUUAACAGAAAUUAUAAUAGAUCCCAAAUUUGAUAUACCCUACUACUUUCCCAAAGAAAACGUCUUCAAAUUGCAGUAUGUCAGCGACUUUCAAAAUCUACAAAUGUGGUGGCAUGUUGGUUUAUUAACCUCCGAUUAUGCUCUAAACAAUACCAAAGUCAAGUCAUUGAUUGAAAGUAGUGAUAAGAAAUUUGAUUUGCUCAUUUUGGAGCAAUUUUUCCAUGAGAGUUUUCUAAUGUUUGCACAUAAAUUUAAAUGUCCCAUUGUGACGAUAGGUACCAUGGGUUAUGCUGAUAAUAUGGAUCAUGCUAUGGGUUUAGUAACACCUUGGUCGGUGAUACCACAUCUGGUGUUGCCGCACACCGAUCGCAUGAGUUUUAGCGAGAGAAUGUACAACUCAUAUUUGUCGUUGUAUGAUGCGGUAAUGAGAAGGUGGUUUUAUAUGCCUCAAAUGCAGGAAAUGGCUGAAAGACAUUUUGGUUCUCAUAUAAAGGGUCCUUUGCCUAAUGUCAGAGAGUUGGAGAAAAACAUAUCCUUGAUGUUAAUUAAUAGUCAUAGAAGUGUGGAUUUGCCCAGACCCAGUAUGCCCGGCUUGGUAAAUGUGGGAGGAGCUCAUAUAAAACCGGCCAAGCCUUUGCCGGCAAAUUUGAAGUCCUUUAUCGAUAAUUCUACCCAUGGCGUUGUUUACUUUUCUCUGGGUUCCUAUAUGAAAAGUACCGAUAUGCCUGAGGAUAAAGUUGCCUUGAUUUUGCAAGCUUUUGGCAGACUAAAACAAAAUGUUCUGUGGAAAUAUGAAAAUGAAAGUAUGGGUCAUCUGCCUGAAAAUGUAAUGAUACAAAAAUGGAUGCCUCAAAACGAUAUCUUAGCUCAACCCAAUGUUAAACUAUUCAUAACACAUGGUGGCAUAUUUGGCGGACAAGAAGGCCUAUACUGGGCUAAACCUAUGCUUUGUAUACCUCUAUAUGGUGAUCAACAUCGCAAUACCAUCAAAUCCGUGCGAGCAGGCUAUGCUCGUACUCUGACAUUUUCAGAUAUUACCGCCCAAAGUCUACAAAACAACAUAGAAAUUCUUAUAAAUGAACCACAGUAUAAACAGAAAGCUUUGGAAAUGUCUCAAAAGUUCCGUGAUAAUCCCAUACAUCCUCUGAAUGAGGCCUCCUAUUGGAUAGAGUAUAUUGCCCGUUAUAAGGGUGCCGACUUCCUAAAAUCCUAUGGUGCCUUUAUGCCUCUUUAUCAAUAUUUACUAUUGGAUGUUUUAUUGUGUGUAGCUGUUGGUUUAUUUUUAGUGAUAUGGUUACCUUUGUAUUUAAUUAGGGUCUUAACAAAGUUAUUAUUUAAGAAAUCUUCUAAGGAAGAUAAUGCCGUGAAGCAUAAAAAGCAAAUGUAAGUGAUAAUAAGUACAAAUUAAUUUUAGGUUUAGAAAAUAAAUAAGUAUAAUUUAA